GUUCUUUCUUGACUUUGCGAGUUUGCGUAAACCUUGUCUUUGAACAAUAUGACAAAACUAAAAGUACUUGAGUUUUAUUCAGGUAUUGGUGGCAUGCACUAUGCAGCGAGCCAGGCUGAUUGGGAUUUCGAGAUAUUAAAAGCUUUCGAUAUCAACGAUAUUGCUAAUAAUAUAUAUCAGUAUAACUUUGGCACCAACUUAAUUGCACAAGUAAAUGAAAAAUAACUUUUUGUUCCCAAAGGAUAGCUUUUUCCUCUUUUUAUUAUCUAAUCAACGUUUAUUUAGAAAUUGAUAGAGGGCCUGAAUGUCGAAUAUUAUGAUAAAUUGGCUGCAGACGUAUGGACCAUGUCGCCACCAUGCCAACCUUAUACACGAAUAGGUUUACAACACGGUAGUCAAGAUCCACGGGCAAAGUCUUUUCUACACCUAUUGACUGUAUUAGAUAAAAUGGACCAUCCUCCGUCUUAUAUAUUAGUAGAAAAUGUCAAAGGAUUCGAAACUUCUGACUCUAGAGAUAUGCUUGUGACUCAACUCAAAAAGACAAACUACGAAUUUCAAGAGUUUUUACUUACUCCUAGCAAAAACAUUGGCAUACCAAAUUCAAGAUUAAGAUACUAUUUACUGGCUAAAUUAAAGCCAUUAUCUUUUGCUCAUCAACCAUCCAUAUCAGUAACAAAAGAUAUCGAUUCUAGCAUGAUACUAGAUUAUAUUCCCUGUCCAGAUGGUAAUGACAGCAUAAAUGAUAAGGAAAAUAUAGUAGAAGAUGUUAUUGCCAACUUUCUUGAGGCUGAAGUAGACUAUCAUGAUUAUGCCGUACCUGAUAAAGUUUUGUUAAAGAACGGGCCUGUUUUUGACAUUGUCACACCAUCUAGUCGUCAUAGCUGCUGUUUUACAAAAGGCUAUUUUCAUUAUGCUCAAGGCACAGGAUCUAUCUUACAAACGAAUGAGGAACUUGAUACGGUAUCGGUCUUUGAUCAGAUUCAACAGAACAAAGAAAAUACCUCACUACAAUUAGAGUUACUACAUUCCUUGAAGCUUAGAUAUUUCACACCAAGAGAAGUUGCAAACUUGAUGGGAUUUCCUGCCGAUUUUAACUUUCCAACAGCUACAACACGAAAACAGCGAUACCGAACAUUGGGAAACAGCAUAAAUGUCACCUUAGUAUCUCAUCUAAUGCGUUAUUUAAUUAUGGAACCUUCAUCUACCAAGAUAACUAGUUAAAAAAAAAUAGAUAAGCUUCCAUAUUAAUUAAUAAAUUCUAUGAUUUGAUAUAUA